AGCCGUUCCGGGCCGGGGACGAGCGGCGGCGGCGGGCGGGAUGACGGGCGGCGUGGGCUUGGCGGCCGAGGGCUUGCGGGAAGCCAUAAAGUACAUGGUGGAGUCGCAGGGCUUCGACAGGGUGCUCCGCAAGAUAAAACUUCUUUCUGCAACCCCGGGAAAAGUUGUAUGUGAAUUGAAAGUAGAGGAGGAACACACCAACAGAGGUGGCACGUUACACGGAGGCUUGACAGCCACGCUCGUGGAUGUGGUAUCCACAGCAGCGUUGCUGCACACGGAAAGAGCAGCGCCAGGGGUCAGCGUGGACAUGAACAUCACAUACACUUCAGCUGCUAAGAUUGGAGAAGAUGUACUGAUUACAGCUCAGAUUUUGAAGCAAGGAAGAAAUAUUGCAUUUGCCACUGUGGAUUUAACAAAUAAGGCAACAGGGAAGUUAAUUGCACAAGGAAGACAUACAAAGUAUCUAGGAAAUUAAUAAAAGUAACUUCAAAAAUAAGAAUGUUGGCUUAAGAAUCCCAUAUAGAAUGAUUUUCACACUUAUGUAAUAAGACAUUAUCUACACAAUUUUGAUCACCUAUAUAACGUGAGUUGUCGCAGUCUCACAAUAAACGAACAAAUUCAUUAUCAAAGUUGCUAAAAGCCUCAAAUUGGUGUCUAUUCGGGGAUGAAAAAUAGAACAUGAUAGCAUGGAGAUGCAUCUGUUUGGGUGUUGUUCAUGGGGGGCAAGGUAACACAAAAAGCCUUUGGAAGAGCAGUGUGGUUUGCCAGCAUGACAGUGUUAAGAGAUCUGUUCUCCUGUGACUGUGGUACAGUUGUGUGACUAAGCAGCUCUGUCUUCAGGCUGGUCACAAGCACAUUUGAACAACGCUAACGCAUGCCUACAAAGUAUUUGUUCUGUAGGAUGGUGAUAGAGUUCUAUAAGCAUAACAUGAGACUGGUUGGAAAGCGUAAAGCAAGGUAAUGCUGAAUGUAAUUUACUGCUGCUGUAACAAAUUCAAAAGUAUUCAAUAAAGCUUUCUAAAGCAAC